CACUCGGGUGCGACGAGGAGAGAGAGAGAGGGAAAGAGAGGGAGAGGACGAAGCGGUAGUAGAGGUAGGUCGCAAGAGUCGGCGGGACUACUACCAGGUUGCAACGGGCGUACAAACGUAUCAUGCUGGGUAGGGCCGGUGCCGAGAUGCCGGGUUGUAAACGAAACCAGUUUGCUAUCCGAUACGAUCCAGGCAACAGCGGCCUCGCGUGAUAUCCUCGCGGCCCGAGAAGAACGUCGGCGUGUGUUUUCGUUCGUCGCGAAACCCUGAGGAUAUCUCUACCUGGCGAACGUGGUCGUAGCAGGGGUUGAGCGACCGACGGUAGCGCUACGGGGUAAGAUUCAGUCGAGCAUCGACAGUCAACGACUGCCCUUACAUCGCGCGACAUCGUUACGGGUUCGGAGAGACGUCGCGCGUAUUUGACACUGCUUCGUAUUGAAAAGCUGUAAGGAGGUGCUUCAUUGAAAAUUUGGUGACGAUCGAAACGGUGAGACGUUCGCGGAGUGAGUUCCGACCGACAAGAGGACGAGGUGCUGUGAUGACGAACUGUCGAGUCCGACGAACGACACGGCGAUGAGAAGAAGCGCGAGGAGCAAACACAAACCGAGUCGGAGAGUUUCCUGAGUCCGACGCAUAUCAAGGGUGACAUCGAUGCUUUGAAGCAGCGGUCGGAUACCAGCCGCGGAGCAGAGAAACCACGGAGGUAAACGGAUCGAUCGAUCCCGGGGAAUCCACCAGGAUCGAGACGAUCGAAGAGAAAUGUCAGCCGUAGUGCCAGCAGGAACAGGCGCCGGGGCGCCCACCGCGAGUGGGCCCAUCGUACCUGCUCCGGUUUUCGCGUUACCAACUCUGUCGUUCACCGUCGGUCAGGUGGCCACCGUUUGCGAGACCCUGGAGGAGAGCGGAGACAUCGAGAGACUGGCAAGGUUCCUCUGGAGCCUGCCGGUAGCGCAUCCGAACAUUCAAGAGUUGAAUCAAAGCGAGGCAGUUCUCAGAGCUAGAGCGAUCGUCGCUUUCCACUCGGGACACUACAGGGAAUUGUACGCGAUUCUGGAGAGGCAUAAGUUCACCAAGGACUCUCACGGUAAACUGCAAGCGAUGUGGCUCGAAGCACACUAUCAGGAAGCGGAAAAGCUUCGCGGAAGACCGCUUGGACCCGUCGACAAGUACAGAGUGAGGAAGAAAUUCCCGUUGCCGAGGACUAUCUGGGACGGCGAGCAGAAGACUCAUUGUUUCAAAGAGCGAACCCGAUCGUUGUUGAGAGAGUGGUAUCUUCAAGAUCCGUACCCGAAUCCGGGGAAGAAAAGGGAAUUGGCCGCUGCCACAGGACUCACGCCUACUCAAGUUGGAAAUUGGUUCAAGAACAGAAGACAGAGGGAUCGAGCGGCUGCAGCAAAGAACAGAAUGCAACAACAAUCUGGUACAGGAAACGGGAAUGCGCGUCGCACGCUGAGUCCGGGGCCAGGGGGUAGCGACUCGGAGGAUUCUGAUAUAUCUCUGGGUGGAACAUCGCCACCGUCUCCAAGUUCUUCGCCACCACCGACUCACCAACCGUCUCCCGUUCCUCUCGGGGCCUUGGGUCCCCUGCCACCGCCCACGUUGAAUUUCCGUUUCGAUCCAUCGCAAUCGCAGUUUCGAUUUAACCACGCGACGGCCUUCAAAUUCCCGCCGGCCGCCUUCCGGUUUGCACCACACAGUCCGCAACACAAUCAUCCGAACAUCUCGGGCGGUGGAAUCUUCAGGCUGGCGGAAACGAGCCCGUUCCAAGCUGUAGGACCCAGGGGAGAUCUUGGGUCACGAUUACCGGAUACAUUAGCACUACCGCCGCCACCGAGGAUCCACCCUCACGACGGGUUGCUGCCCCAUCCACAUGUGCAGCAUCAGUUACCGGAUGGAAUGUCGAGGAUAGGAUCGGAUGGUUCGCGGAUGUCCGAUGGCGGAAUAUCGCGGUUGUCGGACAGCCUAUCGGAAGCGCACAGCCCACCAUUGAUGGCUACGAACCUGUCGGUGACGGGUCCACUGAGGGUCGCGGUCCCGAGUCCGCACACGCCCUCCUCGCGGGGCAGUCCGUCGGCUAGUCAACAGACUCCUCAGGGUCAGUCUCAGGAACAGCAGGGAUUGAUAAGGGUCGCGACGCCACCAGCGCCGAAUCCGAAACCACCCCAGAUCCACCGACCCUUCUCGCCGGCGUGAUACGAUGUGCCCGACGAAACGGAAGAGAUUGUAUUAGUAGAAACGGAGGACGACGAUCGGUCUGCACUGUCGAGGAAAAUCGUCAACGAGCAAAGACAGCGAUUCCUCGAGAAGCGCUUCGAGAUAUUAUGAGACGAACGAGGAGCGCGGAUUAAAAAUAUAAUCGACGGUUUCAGAAGAAAUCGGGACGAGCGUUAUUGACGUGGAUUCCUCGUGACACACAGGAAUCGGAAACAGAGGCCAGAAUAUUUCUAGUUGAACGUCGCGUCGUUAGAUAGAUCGAGCGACCGGACGUGUGCAAUUACGGAGGCGAGUGAAAACGAUGCAAACGAUCGUCGCAUGUAAAUAGCCGUGGUAAUCGUCGAGGUACGACGAUCUGUGCGUCCGGGACAUAGUUUUCGUUGAACGAAAAACGAGCUUGCGAUCGGAGACCGCUUCGAGGUCGGGUCGAGGUUGAAACGAACUCGGCAUAACGGCGUUUCGUUCAUCCCUUCCUUAUCGUAGUCUGUACAUAGCGGUGCUUUCAGCAAGGAAGGAGACAAUGUUCUUCGAUGUAACCGUCGCCCGAGAAUCUUCCUUCGCCGUUUCGGACUCGCGCGAUCGCUACUUUCGUCGAAGAUAGUUAAACGUCUGUCGAACAAAUCGAGAAAUUCGAAGAACGCGCACGCGCGUGGUUUUCGCCCGGCAUCGCGGCAAGUUGAAAUCGCACAACGUCGUCGUUUGCCGUUGGCCUCGUAACGGUGUCUAAUAAACGCGCAACGUCGAUCGUAAGAGAAACUAAUUUAAGAUGACCCUUAGCUUUAAGUAGAAAUCUGCGAUUCAAAAAUCUCCUCGAAGAAUCCACGAGUGAGCUCCGAAAGGAUUCUAGAGGAUUCUCGUGGCUUCGGAACGAAAAUUUCGUCGGAGGCGGUGUCGAUCGCUCGACCGAAGGAAAGAAAUCGUGAGAGCGCGUGGCUUCGCGCAUUUUCCACUAUCUCUAUCUCUCUCUCUCUCUCUCUCUCUUUUCUCUAUCGCUCUGUCUCUCCUUGUAGAUACACGACCGCGUGCGCGAAUCGCGCCAGCGGAAUUUCUCAUAUUAUAUGGGACGUAUCUUCGUAAAUAUGAACAUACGCUACGAUCCACAUUAUACAUAGGUACCUUACGUAAAGACUAUUAACACGGAAGAUUAUACAUAUAUAAAUAUAUGAGGAGAAGACGAAAACAUUAUUAUUAAUAUUAUUGUAUUAUUAUUAUUAAUAUUAUUUGCGCCUGUACAUAUACAUUCACGCGAAAAUAUAUUAACAGAUUAUUAUGACAU